AUGUCUGCACUUCCUGCAAAGCCCGGCCUGCGCCACAGUGUGUCAGAGUGGCACACCAACAACCACCAGCUGUCUGCCACGGCACAACACGAGCGAUAUGUUUCUAAUGUGGUUCGGCAGGAAGGGAGGUCACUACGCAACGAGACCAACUGUAAGACAACCUGGGAUGAAAGCGACACCUCUCGCAGGUUGAGUGACCGGAUUUGGGAUGUUGCCCGUUGGAAAGAGGCGUUAGAAACCUGUGCGCUGAAAGUGGAUGAAGAGAUGGAGGCUCUGACCCUGUCUAAAGAGCAAACCGAGCAGGCCCUGGCUGCGACUGCCGUUCCCCUUGAGGUCAGCAGCGAGUGCUUGACACUGAGGGACGGACGGCGAGGGUACGAGCUUGUCUUCGACCCCGUACACGAGCAGCUGAAAACCGAAGUGGAGCUGAUUGAAAGAGUGCAGCAAGAUCUGCAGCAGCACAUAGACAAGGCCUUUGAGCAGCUGUGUGUUUUGCAGGAGGCUCGACACCAGCUGACCGCCGACCUCCAGAACAAGAUGGACGCCCUGGACAUUGACAUGUCCUGUCUCUCGCUUACAAUAACGUCCCCUCAGAUCUCCCUGAAGACCAAUCCAACUCGCAUACCUUCAGGUUCCUCCACCCCCCAGGAGUGGGUCCAGUUCAGCCAGUAUAAUGUGGCUCGAGCCCAGGAGGCCAUGCAGGUGUCCCAGCAAAUGAGAGAGGAUAUGAGUCUCACCAGAGCCCAGCUGCAGAAUGAGUUGGACACUCAGCGCAGGGCCACAGAGUUUGCUCUCCGUAAGCGUAAUCACCAUGAAGAGCAGGCCCGCGACGAGCUGGAGUGGCAAAUAAAAAAUACUGAAGAUGAAAUGGCAGAAAUGGAGAGUGACAUCCACGGGCUGGAUGCAGAUCUGCAGGCGAAAACAGCCUCCCUGAAACUAGCUCACACCCGCCUAGAGAACAGGACCAACAGACCUGGGAUGGACCUGUGCAGAGACGAGGUGCAGCACGGCCUCGUAGAUGAAGUCCAUCAGCUGGAGGCCACAACCACGGCUCUGAAACAGAAGCUUUCUGAGGCUCAGCACUCCCUGCAGAAGAUGAAGCUCCAUCACAGCCGCAUGUUGCAGGAUCUUUCCAGAAAACAGGAAGCUCUGUCUCUGGAACAACGCAGCAUGAACACCCGAACCCGCCUCGCGUCCCCCUCCUGCACUGAUAAAACCCCGGUGCUGCUGGUUCCACUCACAAACUCCAGCGGGAGGAGCAACCUGCAGCUGCUGGCCCAGUAAGAUGACGGCAGUGUCCAGUUUUUUGAAGGGGAAAGGAUUAACAGAUAUAUAUUAGCAUGAUUCAUUCAUUUUUAGCUUUCACUUCAUGUUUUUAACUCUGCAGUUGCUAACGAGCAAUGGACAUCACACUAAAAUGUUCCGUUCAUACUAAUUCAGACAUUAAUUAAUCAUCCCCAUAAGAACAACACAAUUAUGUUUGAUUUAUUUGUUUCAACAAAAACUGUCAUUAUCUUGCAAAUAUUCUCCUUUCUUUUAGUUGUGUUGUGUUAAAUAAUUAAUUAGGUACUUUACCUGUUUAAGAUGUACAUUUUAAGCUUGUUUAACGGAGUCUUAACUAAACAUUUAGUCAUGAAGAUAUUUCUGGCAUGUGAAUGUAUUUUACGCGUUUGAGUUUGUGUUUUUGUUUUUAUAAUUUAUAAUUGCACAUAAAAAUUCACCGGUAAAAAGUGCUCACAUUCAUGUCCGGUAGGGUCAUUACUUUUAUCAACCAUUAGCUUUAAUGGCUUUGUUUGUCCUCGUCAUAGUGUUUGAUCAACUGACGCUGUUUGGAGCAUGAAGACGGUGAUAAUGAAGUGAACUUUGACUCAUACAGUAUAUGCGGUUUAGAUAAAAAAAUCUGGUAAACACGCACUAAACACGGUCCUUCAGACAAUAAACCCCCGCCCUCUGAAUCUCACCUGCCUCAGUUGUAACGUCUUUAAAUGGAUGUUUUUGUAUCAGUUGCAGCAGGAUUUAGAUGAGAGAGAGAAAUCUGUUUUUAAGGAACCGUAUAGUCAGUACCAUAUGGUUAGUUAUAGAAAAGCUCUUAGUAAAAUUAGAAUAAGUGUUCAUCGCUGAAGACAAGCACACUUAUUGUUUCACAAUGAUGUUUUACUAAACCACAUUAGGAUAAUACAGUGAGCGCGAGAGGGUUGAGAUUAUGUUGAUUGAGGGAACGUUUGGAAAUCAGGAAAUGGUUCGACUCACAUUACAAACAGUGAGAGGCACCCAGUCUUAUUCCUUCAAGUUAAAGUUAAAAGAUAAUUCACUAGCUAAAUGAUCUAAGUUGCUAAGAUGCUCAGCCACUAGGUUUUGUCAAAAAAUACUACAUUUCUAUUUGAAAUCUUGUCUUUAUGUACAAGUUGAAUCAUAAAAAAUAGUGAUGCAUGAUAUGGAUUCUUUCUCAGCCGAUAAUAAUAAUAACUGAUAAUUAGCUGUUUCUCAUGGUCAAUACAGAUUAAAUAACUAAUAAUCUCACAUGUUUGUAGUUUUAAAAAAAGCUCAUAAUGUUCACCUGAUGGCAAGAAAGGCUAAGAUGGAUGCUUGAUUAUUCUAUAGGUCUAAUUUAAGCAAAUCUAACACUCACUAUUGUUAACAACAACAAACAACAGCUGUGACUCUUCAAAUGUUAAUUUAUGUUUUCUAGUAAAGUAUCAAAAAACUUCACAAACAAACUGUUUAGCUUUCAUGGAGCAUAAAACCUAUAAUUUUACAUAAUAAUUCAAAACUAAUUGUUAUUAUUAUGGACUGAUAAUUAUCAGGAUAAUUCAUAAUAAUAUAAAUCUUCCUUUAUAAAAAAACAAUGGGUCGCUCGUAGUGACCUACAAUUUGCAGCUCCCCUUCGGCUUUACAGAGUUUUAUAGUGAGUUUCAGCUCAUU